AAUAAAUCCAAUGAAUAGAAAAAGGACCCAUAUGGGUAUGGAAGACCUAGAAGCCGAUCCAAUAGAGCUCCUGAUCACUGACUUUGAGAAAUUUAAUGAUGUCGAAAGAACCUUCAGCCAGAUUAUGGAUAUUGAUAACGAAGAUAGCAAAGUCAAGCUCCUGAUCGAUUUCAGCAGAUUUUUAUCCAGCAGCGGCUACUUUGUAGAAUCGAAAGUUUUCGUAGCCCUUAUGCAAGGUAAUUGAGAUGACUCUGAAAUCUACGCUGAGUGUGCAAGAGUCUACUUUGGUCAUAAGGAAUUCGGAAAGUGAAUUGAGAUGAACAAACUUGCUUUGAAAGCUGAUAGCGAAAGGCCAGCUCAGAUCCAGUCAGACAUUGGCUUAGCUUUACUCAAGAAUGGAGAUGUAAAUGAUGCUAUUGUCUUCUUAGAGUCGACCAUUUCAGAUAACCCCUCAUUUGUAGACAGCUACAUCAACCUAGCUUUAUGAUUCAAGGAGCAGAAAGAUUACACCAGAGCUUUAUCAUCACUUGAAAAUGCGAUGAAACUUAAUUCGAAUGAUUCAAGAAUUCACACCAACAUCGGCUGCAUCUACUAUUUACAGGAAAAGUACGAAGAUGCUGUAGUGAGCUUCCUCAAAGCAAAGGAUGUAAACCAGAACAACCUUGCACUUGCCUUGAUGAAACUUGGAAACCUGGAGUACUCAAACCUGGCCUUUGAGGAAGCUUUGCUAAUGGAUCCUGGAAACAUGGAUAUUGUGAACAACUACAUGCUUUGCCUUCUAAAUGCAAAAAUGUUCCCUAAAUAUGUUAAAAUGCUUUCAAAUUUCUCUGGAAAGCAAUACGAAAAAUACAAAACUUUGCUGAACAAAUUCAUCAAAGCCUGCGGUAUCCACCAGGAUGAGAUGAGAAGCAAACUUCGUGGUAACUUAGCCAACAACAUGAAGAAAGAGAUCAGAAAGGUGGAUCACCCAGAGAUGGAAGAAGAGGAUCUUCCAAAAGAAGAGAAUAAAGAUAGCGAAAUUGCAGAUCUUCUUUCUAUUGAUGAUGAUGAAUCUGCAUUUUAG